UCCCUUACAUAAAUUUAUUACAACUUUGGCCCAUUGCUCCACAAAAUUUAUGUUCUUGUAAUCCUACUAAGUCUGCUUCCCCGGCUGAAGAAUCCUCUUCUCUUUUAGCUAAGGUCUGACAAAAGCAUCAACAAUAGUUUCAGGUCAGGCUUCUGUCAAUGGGAAAAUCUCCAGGAAAGUGGAUCAAAACUGUCAUUUUCGGGAAGAAAUCAUCAAAACCAAGUUCCCAAAAGAAAACUGCACUAAUUGAGAAAAAGGAAGCCGCCACAGCCGCAGCCGCCGCAUCCAAGACGCCAAGUGGAGAGAACUCAGACAAUGGCUUGACUGUCAACCUAGCAAACGAGAAACAAAAUGCAGAUUUGGGAAAAUCCGUCUUCUUAGAUUCACCAAACGACAUCAGUACUGCAAUUACAGAACAGCAAGAGCAAGCUGUUAUAACUGCACAGGCAAUUUUCAGAGGUUACUUGGCCCGGCGUUCGGUUCGUGCCAUCAAGGGCAUGGUAAGGCUGCAAGCGCUUAUUCGCGGGCACUUGGUCAGGAGACAGGCAAUUGCUACAUUGCGCUGUGUGCAGGGGAUUGUUAGAUUGCAGGCACUGUUUCGCGGGAGAAGGGUCAGAGUCUCGGAUGUUGGCAGUGAAGUAAGGAAGAAAUGCUCUUCCUUGGGUCAAAUUCGGGCAGAAUUAUCUGGAUCACGUGCUAUUCCUAGGCCAGACAAGCUAUCCUCAAAUGCCUUCAUCUGUGAGCUUAUUGCUUCAUCACAUGGUACUGCCAUGCCUUUGCACCUUCACCAUGACACAAUAAUAGAACCAAAUUGUACUUGGCAAUGGCUAGAGAGAUGGUCAUCAUCAAAAUUUUGGGAACCACUUCCAAAACAUAAGAAUACUAUCGACAAAAAUUCUCAUAAUAAAAAGGGCAACAAUCAAACCAAGAAAGCUGAACUGGGCAGGCAAAAAAGGGUUGAGGGGUGGGUCUCCACUCUAAACAACAGAAAACAUUUUUCGAAUCAGAGCCCGGCAUAUGAAAACCAAAUAAACAAUACAAGGAAGUUUGAAACUCGAGAAGAAUCACCAGGGCAGGAACACCCUAAAAAUGAACUGGAGAGGGUAAAGCAAAAUCUGAGAAGAAUUUCUGCUUCAAGCAAAGUUGUUCUUGCUUGUUCGGAAUCCGUGGUUGAGAAAACAAAGUUAACUCCCAAAAUGAUUUCAAGCUCUCCAACUUUUGAGGUUCCUGAGAACAGUGUUGCCAAGUCCUUUGAGAAAACAUCUGAUCCCUCAGUGGCAGUGUCCAAAAGCUUGGAACAGAAUCAAGUGGAAGUGGCACCGAAAACAGUCACAACGGAGGCGAAAUUUGAUAAGCUGUGCGAUGAUCAUGUCAGUGUUGAGAAACAUCCUUUAGAUUAUGUUGAAAAAGUUGAAGACGUAGCACAAAAGGAUACAGAGAGAAUUUAUAAGGAAGACAAGACUAGCAUCAUGGACUUCCAGGCCAGAAGCAACAAGAGAAAUCUUCCAAGAAAGCUGGAAUACCCGGAGUUUGUUCCGCAGAGAAGUCCAAGUUUGCCCAACUAUAUGGUGGCAACCGAAUCAGCAAAGGCAAAACUUAGAGGAUUUUCUUCUCCUAGACAUGAUCAAGAUGAGGUUGAAACUGGUGGUUUCACGCGGCGGCAUUCUUUGCCUUUAUCUACGGACUGUAAAUUUAGCUUAAUAUCCCAGCAGAAUGAGAGACUAAUUCAAGCAAGCUCCCGAGGAGAGAGCAAAUCAUCUCCAUUGUCCUCUUCAAAUGGCCAUGGUAAGGGAGGACGGCCUGGGUGGAGGAAGUGAGUUAGAUGCAAUCUUCUGUAUGAGAUACCAAAACGGAAUGUGGAAAAAUACUAGUGUGAUGGACUUGGAGACUCUCAUUGUAUUCCUUUGUGCUUUAUUGGUUGUUUUGUGUGAAUUUAUCAUGUAUGGUGUAUAUUCUUCCUGUUUUGGAACAUGUUUUCAGUUUUUUAUUCCCUUGAUUG